UUCAGAUAAUUCAAGGCUUGUGUCCUUUUGCUGUACGUGUUUCUUCCGAAAGCUUCUUACGUAUUCCACGUCCAUUUUCCACUCAUAAAUAUAAUUACUUACUAUUGCCCUUUUUUGCACUAGGUUCCAUUUGACCUAAUCAGUUCCUUGUCCAGCUGUUUAAGUCAUUUGCCAUCAUUGCAGGAUACAAGUGGAUUGCGUUUCGAUUGUGAUGGCGAAUUGCCUGACUGCUCCCAGGAGGCCUCUUCUGGCCCUCCCAUUCCUUCUGCCCUCCCCUUAUGAGUGCGUUGCUCUAGGUUUGCGACGGAACCAGUCUUCAUACAGGCGCACAAAGCAACGUCUACGUGUCAAGCCAGAUGCCUCAUUUGGCUCUUCAUCGAGCCAUCCGCAAGAGGACCACAUCAUCUACAAUCCACCUUCCAGCGCGCCUUCAGUGUACCAUACGCCGACGAAAUUUCUACCCUCCGAUGAUAUCCGGAGAAAUUUACGCACCACGUCUGUCAAUGGCAUCAACGCCGAAUCGCUCCCUCCCGCAGUCAGGGCCUCCACUGAGAAGAAAUACCACCUAAACCCGUCAGACAUACGAGAAAUUCGCCGGCUUAGAGCUACCGAUCCAAUGACGUGGAGUCGGUUGAAGUUGGCCAAGCGCUUCGAUUGUUCCCCCACGUUCAUCGCACUGGUGUGUGAGGCCAGUCCUCAGAAGAAAGAAAUCCAGAAGCGGGUCCUGGAAGCGGUGCAAUCGAGAUGGGGCUCAAAACGUCGGAUGGCUAGAGAAGACCGACAGUUGCGGAAGGAGGCCUGGGGAAGGGAUCAGUAAAACCCUAACAAGCUUUCUUUCCCUUUCG